AUGCUUGACCCUUUCGGAAUUAUCGGUGUUGUUGUCGUGGCCGGCCAGAUCAUCUCGACCGUCGCCAAUUUCGGGCUGGACUGGAAACACGCCCCAGCUGAUACCAAGUCCCUCCUGGUCGCGGUUGGGGCUCUGAAAACGGUGCUUUCCGAGACGAAUAUGAAUAUUCUUCUCAACGAUGACUUUAAGGAUGUCUUCCACGGUCGGCAUUCCACGCUCCUUUCGCAGCUUGGAGAUACCGUGCCGGUCACAGACACCAGCAUGCUGGUAUCAGCAUGCAAGAAAGAGCUAGAGAUCCUCCUCGAGGACUUGCAGAAGCGAGUCCAGGGUCAUCGAAUUGGCUGGAAAAGGAUGAAAGGAGCAUUCCUAGCGAAGAAGACUAAAGAAGCGGUCCAAAACCUUCAUCGACAAUGUCAAACCUUGAACACAUUGAUGGAUAUGGAUGCCCUUGCAAUCGGUCGGCAACAGGAGCAAAAGGUUGAAGAACUCCUCAUGAGUCUACUAAAGCAGCUGACGCAAGGCCGGUCAUCAUUGCCGGAGUGCGUGAAGUUUCUCCACGAUGAACACCGGCGUAAGCGGACGCGGCCGUCACUUGAUGAAGUCUCGAGAACCCUCCGUCAUGUUGCAGAUUCUUACUCGAGAACUUUCAUCAUCGUUGAUGCACUUGACGAAUGCCAACGAAACGACGGCUGUCGCGCGAGAUUCUUAACCGAGCUUUUCAAUCUCCAGGCCGAAUGCGGAGCAAACAUUUUCGCAACUUCCAGGUGUAUCCCAGAAAUUACUGACAGAUUCAGUGCCAGCACAAUAUUGGAAAUUCGUGCCAAUGACGAGGACGUGCGCAGGUAUCUAGACGGCCGAAUACUGCAAUCCGGACGGACAUUGCUAGAAAAAUGCCGUGAGGAGAUUAGGAAUGAGAUCACGGAGGUUUCUGAUGGAAUGUUCCUCCUUGCGCAGCUUCAUUUCGAAUCCGUCAGCAAAAAGAGAACAACUCGGAGUAUAAAAGACGCAUUAAAAAGUCUCCUGACGGGACCAGAGGCGUACAAUCAUGUUUACAAAGAAGCUUGGAUGCGGAUCACCGAAUCUGAUACCGAGUCGCAGGACCUGGCGAAGAAGGUUCUCUCAUGGAUCACGUGUGCAAAAAGACAACUCACAACGUCGGAAAUCCAACAUGCACUGGCUAUACAAGAGGGUGACUCUGAACUUGAAGAAGAGGGUAUCCCAUCGGUCGAGGACGUGGUCUCCGUUUGUGUUGGAUUGGUUGAAACCGACGAAGAGAGCAGCAUCAUCCGAUUAGUUCAUCGCACAGCGCAAGAGUACUUCCAGCGGAUUUUUCCAAAUGUGGAGACCGACAUCGCUAAAGUCUGCCUUACCUAUCUUUCAUUUGACAACUUUAGGAACGGAUUCUGUCUGACAGGGCAAGACAUACGAGACCAGCAGCUGUUGGAUCCGUUCUUCGAAUACGCCGCACAAAAUUGGGUCCUCCACGCUCGCUCCGCCUCACCUGACGUACAUCCGCUUAUUUCUACUUUUUUGUCAUCUGGGUCAAAGGUUCCAAGUAGUUGUCUGCUCUGGGCGGUGAAGAACCAGCAAGAGCUCAUCGCAGAAUGGCUGUUAGAACGACGCGUCGACACGAAUAUCCGCGACGCCGAUUGGAAGACCCCAUUGCAUCAUGCUGUUAUUCACGGCUGGACAAGAUGUGUUCAGCUCCUCCUAAGCUAUGAAGCGACCAAACUGUCAAAUAUGACCACGGAUAUCAACAACAUGACCCCCAUUCACUACACUGUCGCAAAAGCAAACGAAGAAAUUGCGCAGGUCUUCCUCGAUGCUGGGGUAUCAGUCGACAGUCUAGUGAAAAGGAGGAUCUGGCUGGCGACAUGCCAAGAUGGCAAGCUCACCUAUGCACCAAAUAGCAAUCUACAUUGCUCCCAGGGUGGGUUCAACGCUCCGCAAGGGCUCACAGCUUUGCACUAUGCGGCCUUGACAGGGAGUGCUCAGAUGACAAGAUAUUUCCUCGACCACGGUGCCAACCCAAAUGCGGUCUCCGAGUGCGGCGAAACGCCUCUGCAUCUCGCAGUUAGGCAAGACAUCUACGAUUGGAAGCGGCCCUUUGGCAAACGAGACCGUUAG